AUGGAUAAACAGAUAAAACGAUCCUCCUACGACACGUUCAACGCUAAGAGCUACUUGAAGAAAAAUUACCCCGUGGGACCUGACGGGAUGCCUACAUCGCACGAGGACUGGUUGCAAUGGCUGCUCAACAACCUGAAGGACACCUUCGCAGGGGGUAAGCUGUCUGGUGAGCGGCUUCUGGAUGUGGGUACCGGACCUGCCAUCCACAAUCUGAUCUCUGCCGCCCGCUUUUUUCCUAACAUCACAUGUGCAGAGUACUGCCAGGAAAACAGGAAGGAACUUGAGAAGUGGGUUCGCGGAGAGGAAGACGCGUUCGACUGGGACCCUUUCAUCAAAUAUGUGUGCGGACUGGAGGGGCAGAGUGACUGGGAGGCCCGCAAAGUGGCGCUACGUGAUGCUAUCCAGCACGUGGUGUUCUGUGACGUCAGGGAAGAGAACCCGCUCGGGGCGUUGAACGGCGGGCCGUAUGACGUCGUCAGCAGCAUCUUUACUUUGUGUGCAGUAGCGAUGGACAAGACUGAUUUUGACGGGAUCGUGUCCCACGUAAGUCAUCUCGUGAAGCCAGGUGGGAUGCUGAUCCUAGUCUUUGACUUGGAGGCUACCCACGUCUCUGACGGCACAGUGUCCCGUCCGCACGUUUUCCUAGAAGCCUCUGACAUCCGACGGGCUGUCAGGAACAGCGGCUUCACUGAUGUGAACGACGAUGUUUGUCUAGUUAAGAGUAACGAGGGCUUACAGUGGGACGGCACGGGUUAUAUAUACCUCACUGCACGCAAGUGCUCUGAGUAACAUCAUCAUCAUAUCGUUCCGUGCCAGU